AUGUCGUCAGAAGGGGACAGGACCGGCAAGGCUGGUAUUGUCGUUGCCCCUGAAGAUGUCGGGAGUGUAGACAAGCUCGCAUACUCCGUUGUGGAUGAUUUGCUUUACAAUAUCCUUCACGACCUAGUCCUCAAGGUACACCAAGACGAAAAAACCGCGCGGAUGAGAACGGCGGCCAUCAAAGUCGAAAAGCUCGCUAUGGAGAACUCCGAUCUAUCGACCCCUGAUGCACGGCCCGAGAUUGUCGUGGAAACCGACGCUGCUCUGUACAAGGACGGACACGUUACGUUGAAGGGCAAUCCGCUAAAGACUACAAAGGAGAUUUUGUGUCCACGGUGUCAACUUCCCCGUCUGCUUCAUCCUACAGAUGGCAAAGGAGCCCAAAAGCCAGACCCAAACGUUACUUAUUGCAAAAGGCACCCCUAUAUUGAAAAGCCAGGCUUCGACAUUUAUGGACAGACUUGGGUUCAGCCUGGCCCCGGCCGAGGAAAGAAAAAGAAGGACAUGGAGAAAAAGAUGGACCCCAACGAUCCUGCAGCCGUGGCAGCCAUGGAGGGAAGUGCCAAGGACCGCCCGCCUAACGUGCUCAGCUUUCCCAGCGCUACUUGCUCCAAGUGCAAGCGUUGUAUCCUGGUGACACGUCUCAAUAAUCACAUGGGCUCCUGCAUUGGCAACAGUGGGCGAAACGCUAGUAGAGCAGCGGCUCAGAAGAUUAGUAACGGUGGGAGCAACGGUGGAAGUCAGAACAACGACAACACUCCGCCAGCAAGUCAAAAGGGGACGCCCGUACCAACGAGCCGGGCAACUAGUCCGAGGAAGCGAGACGGUGAUGAAUUUGACGAGGAUGGAGAUGAAGCUGAUCCUAUCAGUGCUAAGAAGAAGAAGCUCAAGCCGACGGCUCUACCCAAGAAAGUCAUUUUGAAGACCAAGUCGACGCCGCCCCUUAAGAAGGACAAGAUAAAGACCAGUUCGAUGCUGAGCGUCGAGCAGAGCGUGGAUGACGAUGACGUAAAGAACUCCACCGUUCAGGUGGUUCCCAAGAAGACGACACCGGCAAAAGGCGCAUCUCCUGUUAAGAAGCUGAAGAUCGGACUAGGCACAAAGCCGCAGCUCAAUGCUCCGGGGAAGAAAUUAGGGAAGAAAGAAAAGGAUCACGAGACAGAAUCAACGGGAAGAAUGUCUUCGCCGCCUCAUUAGAUCUGGGAGGUGCCUGACUCUAACUGACUCAAACACUGACUAACGAUGGACUGUUUUGGUAACCACGGGAGGAACCAAAAAAAAUGUUUUGGGCGUUACCUAUACACACAUUUAUACAUUAUACCCCAUUCUUGUCCCAAAAAUAGACAUUGCUCAAAGACAUUGCUC